GCAGCCAGGGGCCCACAAAGCGCAACGCAACACUUACAAUCGGUAAGAAGUAGUCUUAAUGUUGUUUACUCUUUAAUUUCUCUUCAGAAUCUGAAAGAUGUACUCGCUGAUCUAAUACCGAAAGAACAAGCGAGAGUCGCGAAGUUCAGAAAAGAGUAUGGAUCUUCGAAAAUCGGAGAGGUUACUGUGGAUAUGGCUUAUGGUGGAAUGAGGGGGAUUAAAGGAUUGGUGACCGAGACAUCCAUUUUGGAUGUGAAUGAAGGGAUUCGCUUCCGCGGACUUACUAUUCCCGAAUGCCAAAAGGUACUUCCGAAGGCUGUUGGAGGUUCUCAACCUCUUCCCGAGGGAAUAUUUUACCUGUUACUAACGGGUAAAAUACCCACGAAGGCUGAGACAGAUGACAUUUCAAAAGAGUUGGCCAACCGUGCCGAUCUUCCUCCUCAUGUUAUUAAUAUGCUGAACACUUUCCCUUCCUCACUGCACCCUAUGAGCCAAUUGGUUGCUGCAUGUGCUGCCAUGCAAUCGGAGUCCAAGUUUGCCCAUGCAUAUAGUCAAGGAAUUAAAAAAGCCGUCUACUGGGAGUAUGUAUAUGAGGAUACAAUGGACCUGCUUGCAAAAUUACCGGUGGUUGCCGCUAUAAUUUAUCGGAAUAUGUUUCGCGACGGGACCUCCGUUGGUGCAAUCGAUCCAGCUAAGGACUGGUCGCUUAACUUCNAAAACAUGAUGCGUCUCUACUUAACCGUUCACUGUGACCAUGAGGGAGGAAACGUCAGUGCACAUGCCUGCCAUUUAGUUGGCAGUGCUCUGUCCGAUCCCUACCUGAGUUUUGCCGCUUCUAUGAGCGGUUUGGCGGGGCCUUUGCAUGGUCUUGCGAACCAGGAAGUGCUUAUAUGGCUGACGGAAAUGCGUGCUAAAGUGGGCGAUCAUCCUUCCGACGAUCAAGUUAAACAAUAUGUGAAAGACACGUUGGAUGCCGGACGAGUUAUCCCGGGCUUUGGACACGCGGUUUUACGCAAGACCGACCCCCGUUACACAUGCGUCCGUGAAUUCUGUCUAAAACAUCUACCCGACGAUCCCCUAUUCAGGAUUGUCAGCAAGCUGCUCGACAUUGUUCCACCUGUGCUUCAAGAUUUGGGCAAAGUGACUAAUCCCUGGCCAAACGUAGAUGCUCACUCCGGAGUCUUACUUCAGGUAAGCUCCCCUCUUUUUUCGGAUUUCAUUUCUUUAUCUGCAAGAAAAAUCACACUUCUUUUUAGUUACCAUUACUUCUACCUAAUCGCUUUACGCAAACUUGAAAGAUAUUUGUAUAAUCUUGCUAGAAUCUUAUGA